UUUCCUCUUUGCAGCCAGUGACGUGAGCUGUGCCUGGAACAAUCAGACUCGCUGCAAACAGGGUAGUUGAAGAUGCUGGGGGAAGCAGCCUGGUGCUUCUUAAGCUAACGCGGAUCACAGCGCUCAGGAGCUGCUCAGGCACAACCCCACAGAGUUCCUCCAGCGUGAGAGCCUUGGAACGGUUGGAAAGUGCCUUUUUAUUUCUCCAAACCCCUUCCUUAGUUGACCUUCGAAAAUGAUUGGUGUGAAUAGUGUUCAGAGUGCCAGCAAGGUACGAGUGAGGACCUCAGGUUCGGUGAAAUACUCCCGGGAGGAUUCUAUCCGGCGGCAGUCUCACAGGUCAAAGUCCAUGAAAAUUUCCAACUCCUCAGAGUUUUCUGCUAAGGAGAACAAGGCUCUGUAUAACUCAAUCAAGAAUGAGAAACUUGAAUGGGCAGUAGAUGAUGAAGAGAAAAAAAAGUCUCCCUCAGAAGGUACUGAUGAGAAAGCUAAUGGAACACAUCCAAAGACCAUCAGUCGUAUUGGAAGUACAACCAACCCAUUUUUGGACAUUCCUCAUGAUCCAAAUGCUGCUGUGUACAAAAGUGGAUUCUUGGCUCGGAAAAUCCAUGCAGAUAUGGAUGGAAAGAAGACUCCAAGAGGAAAACGAGGAUGGAAAACCUUUUAUGCUGUACUGAAGGGAACAGUUCUUUACUUGCAAAAGGAUGAAUACAAGCCAGAAAAGGCCUUGUCUGAAGAGGACUUGAAAAACGCUGUGAGUGUGCACCAUGCGUUGGCAUCCAAGGCCACGGACUACGAGAAGAAACCAAAUGUGUUUAAACUUAAAACAGCCGACUGGAGGGUCUUGCUUUUUCAAACUCAGAGCCCAGAGGAAAUGCAGGGGUGGAUAAACAAAAUUAAUUGUGUGGCAGCUGUAUUUUCUGCACCACCAUUUCCAGCAGCAAUUGGCUCUCAGAAGAAGUUUAGCCGCCCACUUCUGCCUGCUACUACAACAAAACUGUCUCAGGAGGAGCAGCUGAAGUCACAUGAAAAUAAGCUGAAGCAGAUCACCACCGAGCUGGCCGAGCACCGCUCCUAUCCCCCUGACAAGAAGGUCAAAGCCAAGGAUGUCGAUGAGUACAAACUGAAAGACCACUAUCUGGAGUUUGAGAAAACCCGCUAUGAAAUAUAUGUCAGCAUUCUCAAGGAAGGAGGCAAAGAGCUCCUGAGUAAUGAUGAAAGCGAUGCUGCAGGACUGAAGAAGUCGCACUCAAGUCCUUCACUGAACCCAGAUACAUCUCCCAUCACUGCCAAGGUCAAGCGUAAUGUGUCAGAGAGGAAGGAUCACCGACCUGAAACACCAAGCAUUAAGCAAAAAGUUACUUAGAGUCCAUCUGUGGCCAGGAAGUGCUGGUCAUGGAGCAAAAUAGGGUUUUUCAAGAUCUUUCUGGUAAUCAGUGAAUAUAUUUAAAAAAAAAAGUCUGUGACAAAAUGGUGCAUUAGUAAUUUUUUCUAUUGUAUAUUUUUGUUAGUUUCUGUACAGAUUGUCUUUGUUCUUGAUUUCUUUUGCUUUGAUGUUUUUUGCAACUUGAUAGCUAAUGCACCUUUUCUGUGAGGAGGAGGGGAUCGUGAUUUCAGAAUGAAUUAUGUAUCCCUUCUCUUUCGGUUUUCUCUUGUUUGCACUCUGCUCAAUUGUUUCAUGUAUUCUCAAAUCAACUGUUAAACAUUUUUUUAAGGUUAAAAAAUUUAAUCCAUUGUGAAACUCUUAACUGGACAAACGUACUUUAGUAAAUUCUAGCUGGAGUUAAUAUACACCUUUUUAUGUGAAAUCUUGCCCAGUCACAAAGGUAGAAUUGAGCACUCACAGAUGCUCCAGUAAGAAUCACAGUGCUGGGAAUCUAGAUGCUCCAGUAGGAGGCAGCUUCACAUGCAGCUUAGCACUUACUGUUGAGAUCGGACCCUGCUGGAAGCAGGGGAAAGGAGCAUGAAGAUCACAGGAUUGAGAACUUAAGGAAGCACAUUAGCUUGCUUGAAGCGCUGAUUCCGUUUCAGCCAAGCAAGGGAAAGAGGACGUGGAGUCAUUUUGCCUUUGAAGGUUGAGGGAAGAUUGAUACCCAGUUAAUUUUGUUUUCUAAAGGAUGGGGGCAAUAAUUGGCCCGUGGGGAGCUGCAGCAGUAGGCAUGUAUUCAGUCUGCAGGAAAUUGUUACCUCACUCCCACAGGGUCUAGACUAGAAAUCCAUCAUCUCUGUCAUUGAUAUCCUUCCAUCCAGGAAUAGAUUGUUUCUUACUCUACGUGUGUGUGUGUGUGUGUGUGUGUGUGUGUGUGUGUGUGUGUGUGGGCAUGAGGUUGUGUCCUGGUUGUGAUAUUGAGGUCUUCCUUCCUAACAAAAUAAUACUAAAAUGAAACCCCUUUUGUUCUUUCCUUAAGUCAAGACAAAAUAAGGGAGGAAAAAGUAGCUGCAGUUGUUCACAAUGGAUAUUGAUUCUUUAAAAUAUAUCUGAAAGUAAUAGUUGGAAUGAAUCAUGGUUGGAAAACUGAGGAAUUUGCUGGUUGCAGAUGCAAAGUGACUUUGUUUAUUCUUGUCUGAGUCUCCUUGAUAGCCACUUCACUCUACUACUGAACUUUCUCCUAAAAAUAAUGUAUCUAUUUAAAUUUUUUUCUUUCUAUCUACUCAAAAUAGUUCUAUUAACCUUACAGUCAUGAGCUUGUUCCAGUUACAGUCCCUUUGAAAUUCGAGGUGAUAAACCGAAUAUUCUCUUAUAGAGGAAGAGAAAGGACUGAAAGUUUAGCCCACUGAGACUUAACACCUUUGUGAUUUCCUGACAAGUGGCACAACUUCAGAACUAAUAGAAUCACUUUGAUUAUUCUUUUUCCUCCCAUAGAAAUUUUCUCUAGUUCUACCCAGUUUAUUUGUUGAAGGUACUAUGACCAAAGAAUCAGCUGCUCUGCAUGAAUAGCAUGGUUCUAGUGAAUUAGAGAAAGCCUGCUAUAAAACCAUGGUAGUGUCUAAGUGGUAUGUUAUUAUAAUGUACUAGCAUUCAUUUACAGAAUUAUUUAUUAACAUUUACUUCCUUCCCCUCUGUAAAUGUCCAUAUUUGCUGGUACCCAGAGAAGGGUUACCUUUCUCUAAGGUUGCAGUUGCUUGCUUUGUGAUAAGUGUUUUGCCAUACCUUUGAAAAAACUCACUUUUAACUCUCUGCCUUGUUUGAGUACAGGCAAUAACUAAAUUUAUGUUUCAGAACUGUAAAACAAACAGGAUAGUUACUAAUACAGCCCAUGUACCAGAUUGAUUUUUUAGCUUCUCACUGAAUUGAACAUAUCCACAGGAAGUUAUCUUUCUUCCUGGUAAUCUAAAUUAUCAGGGUAUUUGUUUUCUGCCUAAAUAGUUACACUAAGCAGAAGGGAGAGAGGUACCUAGACCAUUUCAUCUAUGAGCUUCAGUAACUAAAGAAAAAUGAACUUCCCUGAGUGGCUUGAAUGUGUGUGCCCACAGUUUAUGUCUAUGUAUAUAGAAUGUCUAUGUGUAUUUUACUUAUUUAAUAUACAUUGAAUGGUACCUUGCUACAGUAUUUCUGACAUUUAGAUUAGUCUUGAAAUACUCAGCUAGCAUCAGCACCACUAUAGCACUGUCCGUGUCAUAUGACUCACUAAUAUUAACUCCAGGGACUUCUGGAUAUGCUAAUAGAUCAUUGGAUAUGAAGGGCUCUUUUGAAGCUUCAGUAUACCAUGUGUGCAUAGAUGAUCUUUAAAAACAGCUUGAAAGGUUCUUUUGUGAGCCAAGAUCUCAGACUGCCUUAGCAUGAUGCUGUCCAUGUUUAGCACAUGGAAUGAGAACACCUCUUCCCUAAGGCUUCUGGAAAGUUGCUGUCUGCCAUGAGUGCAUGAAGGAGGCCAAGAGUUUAUACUAUGGGAGGAAACAGUCACUGAUUUCACUAGAUUCUGAGAGUCUGACUCAUAGCCAACCAUAUUUUCUUUUGUGAUAAUUUCUUUCCUGUGCUACCUACCCAGAAGAAGUUGAGGAUGUUUCCUUUCACAGCUGCUCCAAGCCUGUUACCCAGCUCACGGUACAAGGGAGCACCCUUUCCCUUUCCUCUGAAGGUACGCCACCCACCUCCAUCCCCAACCUCAGCGCCCAGGAGCCUUGGGACUUCCCUCCAUGUGAUAAAUCAUUCUUCUUCACAUCAGUACACUUCAUGUUCAUUUCUAGUAUAGAAAAUCUUGCUAGUCGUCAGAAUACCUUGGUCAUAGUCUUGUUGCAAAUUUACCACACAGGUGGCCCAUGUAUAAAAUCUGAAUUUUAGGGGUUCCCGCCUCGCAUGCUGGCUUUUAAAGGGAGGUGUCUUGGAUUCCUCAUUAGCAAUCAAAACUUAAUUCCUAGGAUGUGGAGUCCUUACUUUAUCGCCAACCCAUAGGCAUUUCUGAAGUGCACUUUUUUGAGACAUCGUUUUGCUAACUCUCAGCAAUGUCUAAUUAAACUGAGCAAUACUUUUGUGCAUUUUAAUUAAUCUCAGUAAAACCAUGAUGGGGUAGAAUCCUCUGAUGGAAAUGUAGUCCCUGGAUUACGUGUAACCGUUUUUAUUGCUCUUAGAUGAAGAGAAUAGAAAGCAUCUUGUGGUGCAAUGGUCUUGUGCCAAACACAAGACCCACUGUGCUUCUCCAUCUGUUAUCAUAACCUAGAAAAUGAAAACUGGUCCCUAGGCAGAAGUGACAUGAGGAAUUAACUCUGGAAAAGGCAAAUCUGGCUAGUUUUCCAAGACUAAGCUAGGUUUGUAUUUCACCCUGUGGCCAAGCUAGGAACUUCUGAGAUGGUGGAAGAAUUUAUGCAACCGGCAAGGAAAGAGGGCUCUUAGGGUCUAAACACAAAGUUGCAUUGAGCUUUUCUGCUGUCCUUUGCCUGUUGCUCCCUCUAUCGUAUAAAGAUCUGGGAAGGAUGAAAGGCAGGGCCGGCUUGUCAUGAGCUAUACUCUUCUCUUUUUACCUAGUCAUUGACAAUUGGAGGAAAAUUGACUUUAAAAAAGUUUCUCCAUUGUCUUACUAUCGAAACCUUCCUGGGUUUUGUUAGUUGUCCUUGAAUUUGUUCCUUUGGCAUUGUUCAUUGUAGUUAUCAGUUAAGCUUAUUUCAUCCUGAUUCAUGUGAAGUUUGGCUUUGUAGGUUUUUAUCUCUGUAGUUUAACUCUUUUGGACUUGGUCAAGUUUUCAGCAGGUUGGUAGCCACCUCUCUUAGUUUAAGCAGUGAGUCAUCCCUUCACUUUUCAAAUGACAGAAUUUUUUCCAGUUGUAAAAUGAGCACUGCAAAACAAAGAACCAAAGUGACAUCCUAAGAGUUGUUAAAACUAAAGUCUAGUUUAUGAAUAGUUGCCCAAGUUGGGGCUUAAAUAGUAUCUGCUUUUGUCUCAAAGCAUCUAAGUUACUCUGAUAGAAAAUGGUAAGUCAGCUUUGCAGGCAGAUGUACCUCUGGGCCUCCUACCUUGCCCCAUAGCUUUCUGUCCAUCUUUUCUUCCAGGCCAUGCCACUGCUCUGCCACAGGUCAGCAAAUUUCUUUCCACCAGUCUUAUAACACGUUACAUGACCAAGUCAUCCAGAGAUCAUCACAGAAUAAUCCCGUGACAGAUUAUUGGUAGCAAUAGAGAAGUGCUUUGUCACUGACUUUUCUCUCAGAUUCCUUGUCCAUCUCUCACUCAUAAAAGAAGGACUGAAAUCCAAAGCCAUUCUCCUUUUGUACCUACAGUAUCUAGAACCCAUGUGGGCAGCCUUCUGCUUAUGACAGUGAUUGGCCUAUUGCAUGCAGAGAGAAUGUCUUCAUAGAGAGAAUGUCAUUAAAUACUUGAAUCUGCAUGACAGUUUGACUUGAAUGCAACGGCAGGAAAAUUUUGCAAGUUACAUAAUUGUAUAUACAGUAGGUUUUCUUAAGUCUCUUCAGUUCAUCCUAUGUAAUUUAUCUGUGUAUCUGCAGUAUUGCAGGCUUUUGGAGAAUAUUCUUACAGAUAGUAUGUCAGUCGUCAAAGAAAAUGCUGUCACCUGCCAUUGUUGUAUUUGUGGGUAUUUAUAGCUGUAUGUAUGUAAAUGCAUCAGUGUGUAGAUUGCAUAUCAAUAUAUGGUACAUGUACUUCAAAAUUAUUUUUGUCCUUAGUCAGUGUGAUAUGAAAAGCAAGUACAACCUCAUAGGACUGAUUAUAUAAUGAAGUUGUUGAGACUAUAUAUAGUGGUAUUGUUUUAUUAAACUUAAAUUCAAAUAAUAUUUUGAUUAAAAAUUUUAAUAAGACUUUAUGCUAGAAAAUUCUGUCUUUGAGCUUUGAAUCAUCAGGGCAAAAAUGACUUUGAACUAACCUUGUGAAGCUUUUGCAGCGUACUGUGUGCAAUACCAAGAGGAUAGCUCCCUAUAAUCUGGGAAAUACAGAAAGAAAAGGAAAAAAAAAAAAAGGCAUCCUGUGCAGUCUUAGUAAUUUUAGCAUUAAGAGCACUUAAAGUCAAACUGACAAUUUUGGGCUUCUUACAAAAUGUGAUGCUUUAAAGCACACGUUCUUUAUUGUUGUUGUAAUUAGUCCAUAAAAAUAUAGCUUUCAGAGGAAUUAAGUACCCACCAUAUCUUUUAUGUAUUUGUGUAUAUUUUAUGGGAGAUCAAACCACUCUCCUGGUGCCGCAUCCGUACUCACUUUACUUGGAAGAGAUAUCACAAGCACUGAAGUGUGUCAGGGCAUCCCAGGACUGGGUACUGUAUCCUAGGUUUGCAGUUGCACAAAUUAGCAUAUAGUGUCACAGGUAAAAGAAUUUCAGGACCAGGUUUAAACUUUAUUUUAAAUAUUUUUAUACUUAGGUCUCUUUUUUCUGCCUCUCCCCAAAGAAGAGCCACUGGCCUUAGUUGUUUGAGCUUACUGCUUAUAUUAUAGAGUGUAAAUAGAUAACUAGAGACUAAAAUUUUAUUAACCAGCAUGUUUGGUGUAUUUAACGCAGUGACUGAGUGUGUUUGAGUGAGUGGCUGAGUGCAGUGUCUGUUGUUUAAACACACUGCCUCAUGUCUUUGUAGCUGAUUCAGAGAGUUUGAAUUGUGGGGUGGGAGACUAAAUUCACCUCCAGGCUGCAGUAAUGCGUCGGUAUUUACACUUGUGGGUUUUUUUUUUUUAAUUAACUCUAUAGUCUCAAACUAUUUUUGCAAAUAUAUCAUUUUUCCUAAUUGGUUCUUGACAUGCAGUGGACUGGCUCUGUGACUGAUUGGCAGGGUCUUAGUUUUGCGAGCGUAUUUCCUUUUAAGAAUUACUGUGAUCUCCAGAAACAGCCAUUUGAUUCAAAAAUCAUAUAGAAAAGGAGUAGGAGAAAUAAAAAGUUUCCUUUUUGGGCCUUAACCAUUUGAGAUGUUUGGACUUUAACACGAAGCUGUGGAGGUUAUAAAGCCAAAUAACCAUCUGACAUGGAUAAUAAUAUCCAUAGAGAAUAUAUAUGCACAUUGAUUUUAAUGCCGUUAUGAUACUUCUGUAAAACUGUAGGAACAAGAGUAAUUAGACCAAAUUGAAACUUAGGGGACAUUAAACAGUGCUUUCCAUUUAGAGUAACCAUGCAUGUGUUUAGUCGUCUACUCCUGAGAUUCAGAACCAGUUGACUGUCCCCUUAGAUGUAUAAGGAGAAAAGUUGACACACCUGGGACCUCUGACACGUGUACACAUGUUUGCACACAUGCAUACACAGUGAAUGUUUUAAGUUAUACCAACGGAAGACCUUAAGGUGCAAAGAGCUGGAAUAUCCUAAAGAGGUGAUGAACAAAGGGGGUGAAAACUGCAUCAAAGAUGUUUUCCAAGGGCCAGGGUGGAAUCUGAGCUCUAGUGUCUGACUUUGAGAUGCAUUGUAUUUUUAACACAUAAAUGAGGGGAUCCAUAUCACAUUCUAUCUUGUGGACCACCAAAUUGAAGGCUUUCUUGUGAUUCACAAGCAGCAGUUACCAGCAUCUCUCCGUGGCCUGGGUGAAGUCCCAGAAGCUGGUGUGCCCCAUUUUCCAAGGUGGCCGAGCUGCUUGCUCUGCAGAUCAUUCCCUUGAGAGAGGAGUACAAGUGAAGAAACGAUGCCCUUCCUAUAGGAGCACUGAUGAUGGCUUGUCCACACGCCCCUCUGAGCUGUACUGGUAAGAGAGCUCCGCUUGAACAUGCUGAGCAGUUGAGCACUUUUCCAUCAGCAAUGACAGUGAGGAUGGAAAAGGAAAGGAACCGAACUGAAAUGUAUUUUUCUUUGCAGGGCAGAGAGCUAAGCUCUUAGGAAUACUGUUGUAGAAAUAAGCACCCUAACUUCAAUUCCUGAAAAUGUUGGUUAAUGGAGAGAAUUUUGGAGUUUCACUUAACAUUUUCCCAUCAAUCAACAUGUCUUCAGACACCCUUAGAAGAGUCCCAGCCCAAAGCUUGAUUAAGGACCACACUGCAGGUCUGAGGCUCACUGCUCUGAGCCCUGAAUACCAGGGCCCUGCAGAGGGUGAUGAUCAUGCAUCAUCUCUGCAAAGAGGAGCUUCUCCCCCGCCGGCCACCACUUUACUCGGGCUUCUACUGAGCAGAAGGACAGCCUGGGUUUCAAAUGCCACUUCCCCUGCUUUAGGAAUCCAGGUAUCCUGAUAAUGUGACCCUGCAGAGGCAAGGUAUCAACCCUGAGAAUGACUGAGUCACUGAGCGUGGCACAUGAACAAGUGCCAUGAAAAAGAGUGAAGCUAAUGCCACAUAUUUUACUUUGCAAAAAACAAACUGGCACACAUUUCUAACCAUAGAUGGAUGAUAUCUUGCCUCCACACCCAGAUUCCUGGAAAUGACUAACAUUUCCUUUCUGAGGGAAGGGUCAAGGAACACUCAACUGCUAGCUUAGCAGCUUGCUCACUCAAGAUCAGAGCUGUUAGGUAGAGGCCUCAGCACCUCCCUGCAGUCUCUUGAUCUCAAGUUUUAGGACUCAUUUCUAGAAUGGAAGUGUACACCAGUGGAGAAUUCAUAUUUGUCAGCCUUGAUGACCAUAGGACAGGCAGAAGGGUGGUAAUUUGUAUAUUUUAAUAUAAAAGAAGCCUUUAACUUUUCCAGCCUGUUAUAGUAACUCGGUUAUAUUCACUGUGGCUCAAACUAAUUGGCAUUGUGGAACAUUACCUUCAAAGUUUUCUCCACCAAUCAUUUCAGUUCCAUUGCAGUCCUGGUGCCAUAUGUCCCCUGCAAAUUGUGAAAGUAAUUAGUGACAAAAUAGCAACCUGCUCCUUUUCAGUGGCCAUACUGUCAGCAUUAGCAGAUUUGGGUAAGCUAGCGGUACUAUAACACGUACUGGAAACCUGUUCCUCAUCACCACCUGCCAGAUUCCAGAAAUGCCAUCUUCUAGAAAACGAUGACAUUUAUGGUGGUCCUCUUUUGAGUGGAACAGUAAUUUGUGUGGAUAUUGUUAAAGUGUUUAAAGAAUAUUUUGACAAUUAAGUUUACAUUUUACAAUUGCUUUAUUUUUUAUUAAAAUAGUUGUAUAUAAAUACUACCCUAUUUGACUGUUGUUAAAGUAAACCUAAACCUUGUAGACAAGUGAGUCACCUGCUAUGUAUAGAAGCUGUGAUAUAUAUAGUACAUUUAUUGUGUAAAUGUUUAUGAAUACAGCUGUUCCUGUGUUUUUAUAAGUUGGGGAUAUUUUGUUGUUUUACAACAACAAAAUUUAUUGCAUUUAAAUGGUUUUUAUGUAAUAGAAAUCAUGCAAAAUAGUGAAGGAUUUAAAACAUGUAUAUGAUAUAUGUAAAUGUACAAACUUUAGAAAGAAAUAAAUCCAACAAAUUUCAAU